AUGGCUCUCGCGAAAUUCGCCGCCUCUCUCUUGACCGUGGUUCUGGUGGCGGCGUCGGUCAGCUUUGACCCGGCGGAGGCGAAGACCUGCAUGCAAGUCUGCAUGCCGCAGUGCCUGCAGCUCCAGUAUACAAACUACAAGGAGUGCUUCGACGCCUGCCGCGACGGGUGCAAGCCGGCAAACACCGGCCGGGGGCUCCACGAGGUGAACCCUCCCGCCGUCUCGGAAUAG